GGUGUAGAAACUUCUUCCUCUGGAGUCACUGCCUGGUUUCUCCACCAUAUCUGACCUCUGAGCACCCUGUCAACACCAGCAGAGCUGUUCUCACAGGAUUCCUUUAGGAGUAGAAUCAGGAUGAGUGUCCCGAACCCCCUGAGACUCCUGAACCUGGCAGGAAAGAGCCUACUAACUGAUGAGGCCUUGACCAUUUCUACUCUGGAGCAUCUGCCCAUCGAGCUCUUCCCCCCGCUCUUCAUGGAAGCAUUCUGUGGAAGACGCAGAAAGACCCUAAAGGCCUUGGUGCAAGCCUGGCCCUUUGUCCGCCUGCCUCUGGGCGGCCUGAUGCAGACUCCUCAUCUGGGAACCUUACAAGCAGUGCUGGAUGGCCUUGAUGUCCUGCUCACACAGAAGGAUCAGCCCAGGAGGUGCAAACUGCGUGUGCUGGAUUUAAGGAAUACUGGCCAGGACUUCUGGAGAAGGUGGUCUGGAUCCAGCGUCCAUGUGUCCUCAAGCUUUUCAAUGGCACUAGGGGCUGAGGACAGGUUGAGGACCGAGCAGCCCUUGGCUCCCUUCGAGGUGUUCAUAGAACUUCACCUCAAGGAAAGGAGUGUGGGUGGAUUCCUUACCUACCUUAUGAGAUGGGUGGAAGAGAGGAAAGCUUCCAUACAUCUAUGUUGUAAGAAGCUGAGGAUUAUUUCAUUUUCCAUGGAUAAUGUUAUGAAGGUCCUGAGUAUGGUGCAGCUGGACUGUAUCCAGGAGUUACAUGUGAAUUGCACCUGGCAUCUGUCUACCCUGGCCAUGUUUGCUCCUCUCCUGGGCCAGAUGAGCAAUUUGCAGAGACUCCUCAUCUCCCACAUCCACAUGCCUGAUCCUGAGGAGCGGGAGGAAGAGCACGUUGUCAAAAUUACUUGUCAGUUCCUGAGGCUGCACUGCCUCCGGAAUCUGCAUCUGGAAUCUCCCUUCUACCUCGAAGGCUGCCUGGACCAGAUGCUCAGGUGCCUGAUGACCCCAUUGGACAACCUUGAGAUAACUCACUGCCUGCUUACAGAUUCAGACCUGACCCAUCUAUCCCAGAGCCCGAAUAUCAGUCACCUAAGGGGCCUAGAUCUGAGUGGGGUUACCAUGACCUACUCUAGUUCUGAACUUCUCCCAGCUCUGCUGGAGAAAAUUGCAUCUACCCUCCAGGAACUGUACUUAGAGCAAUGUGGGAUCAGGGACUCCCACCUUGAAGCCAUCCUGCCAGCCCUGAGCCACUGCAUCCAGCUCACGUCCUUCAGUCUCUGUGGUAACCUCCUCUCCAUGGCCAUCAUGGAGAAGCUGCUGCAACACACCUCUGGCCUGCCCAGUUUAAGUCAAGAGCUGUACCCUGUCCCUCAGGAAAGUUUCAGCUCUGACAGGAUCCUCCAACGUGGGAGACUUUCCCAGUGUCAGACUGAACUGCUUGAGAUUCUGAAGCACUUGAGACAUCCCAGGACCAUCUGGAUUAGCUUCACACCCUGCCCACACUGUGGAGAUAACACAUUCCAUCGUCCUGAGCCCAUCAUAUACGGUGGUAACAGCCUUGCCUAGUUUGAUGCAUCGAUCAAAGUUUUCUUCUGAGCACUUGGAAACUGAGAUCUAGGACAGGAUACAUCAUGAAGGGAAAAUAAAGCCGGUUUCAGACAUCUGCUCAAUGUGAAUGUGAAAAGGAAAGGUGAUCCUGCAGGGGGAGCGGGACUGCAGGGGGAAAUGUAGUCUCCCUGGUAAAGGAAUGCUUGUGGACAUGUGUUUGUCCUGUAGUGUCAGAACUAGGAACCUAAAUUUCUUUAGGUGGAUUCAAGCUUGAGACUUACCUGUUGGAGUUAUCCUUGGGUAUAUAGUUGUAAAGAAAUGGUCAGAAAUAAGAGACCCUCAUUGUAAAUGGAUUGCUGUCAUCCAUGAGGUAUUAUCUUAAUUUUUCAGUUUAUACCACAGGAAUCUCCGAACACUGAUUUUUUUUUUUUUAAAGGCACUGUGUUGUCUAUAAUUCAAAACCUUACCAUUCCCACCAGUUCUUUAUUCUUUGGGGGCAUCUUUGACCUCCAUUGUUACUUCUGGGGCUGUUCUGUGGGUUAAUACACACAGAGAGGAGCAUACUCAGUGUCCAGUGAGCCACUCACGUGAAAGCCCAGCCAGGAUCUUUACGGCUGACUCAGGCCAUGACCCUGGUCAUGAGGAGUCCUCAUCAUUUCCUGGUCCCUCCAUAAGUUUCAGUUUUUGACCUUUCUUUGUGGGAGGAAAGGGUUUAACUGCAAAAGGCAUGGGUACCAAUUCUAGAAGGGGACUUCAGGACUUCAGAUAAGCUGAACUUCUGGACUUUGCCAACUCAUUACCCAAGUGGAUAAUGAUCCUUCUUCAUUAAUCUGCUGGGCUAGGGAAGUUAUUAUAUAUCUUUUAGCAAAACACACAAAUCAUAGAGGCAUAUAACAUGGUUUUAGUAUUUCUAUAACUCAUUAAAAUUAUAUUCUUUCAAGGACAGGGAAGCCUGGCUUGCUGUAGUCCAAAGAGUAGGACACACAACUGAGGGACCGAACAACAAAUAAUAUAAAUGUGUAGGAUAUAAAACAAAUAACACUUGCAGGCAGUAUAUAUUUUCACAUGAAUUGCCUAUAACCUGAAUUAAUGAACAACUGUUACAGUCAUAGGGAAUUUUAUGCAAGAGUGGAUUACAUUAUAAAGUCAAUCAUACCACCUGUAUUUUACUUUAACCUACUAUAUAAAGCACCAACUUC